ACAGAUUCAAAAAUAUCUCAUAGGACUGAAGAACAGCCUUCCUUCUAUGUCACCAACAAACAAAACAUGGGCACAGCCAAAAUAUAAAUUUCUAAUUCCUGUAAAUCAAGAACUAAUGAGGAUAUUCCAUCUAUGGAAGUGCAAGAGGUUUAUGCAAGCGCUAACCCCACAACGCAAAGCUGUCCUCGAAGCUAAACUAUGUGCCAGUGAACUCUUCCGUGGUAAAAAGAAAUCUUACCCAGCAAGUAUUCCAAAACCUUUCCAGGGAGAUUAUGUGGGUAUACAGAAAAACCCCAAACUUCAGAAGCUGGUUACAACUGUUCCUGGUAAUAUAGAAGUAGCUGCCAAUGUCCAAAGGAUCAGUAAAACUGACGGCAAGGGAACUCCCACGUUAUUUUUACUUACGAAAAGUAAUUUAGCUCUUGCGGAUUCUAAAGGACAAGUGAAGUCAUUGGUGAAGUUGAAUGAGAUUGACAAUGUUUCUGUUACCAAGUUCAGUGACGGAAUCUUUUUUAUUAAGCUUGCUCAGACUGCCACACCAGGUGGGAAGGGAGGAAAUGACAUCCUAUUAACCAGCGAGCAUGUAAUAGAAAUCGUGGCUAGACUUCACCAAGCAGUACUGGAAAUGACAAAAAAGAAGCUGAACGUCCAGAUUACUGAUCAGUUUUCUGUGACAUUCAAGAAGGACCCAGUAGCUGUUAAAUUUGUUGAAACCUCAGUGCAGAAUGGGAAAGGGCCAGUGUUCAAGAAGAAGGGAAGCCAAAUGGUGGAAGUGCAUGUGUAA